AUGGAGGCUCUGGCCGAGCGUCAGCCCGCCAGGGACAUCCGCUCCUUCUUCCCUGGAGCGGCCACCGCGAGCACCACCGCCCGGCCGCCUCCGCCGCCGGGUCCGGCGGUCGGAGCAGGUCCUUCCCAUCAGCCGCGGCGACAGCCGCACGCGGCCAGCUCCGGUCCAGUGCGCAGUGGCGGCCAGCCGCUGGCAGCCGCCGUGCGUGCUGGUCGUUUGGAGUGCCUUGGCAUCGGGCCGGAGGACGCAGCCGAGAUCCCGGCGGACGACGCGGACGGUGCAGAUCUUCCCCCUCCGGUCCCCGUGGACGAGGCAGCCGCCGCGAGCUGGGUGUACCCGACCAACAUGCCGGUUCGUCCGUACCAGCACUCGAUCACAAAGACGGCGCUGCUGCACAACACGCUGGUCUGCCUGCCGACCGGGAUGGGCAAGACGCUCAUCGCGGCGGCGGUGAUGUACAACUUCUCGCGCUGGUUCCCCGCCGGCCGGUGCGUCUUUCUCGCGCCGACCAAGCCGCUCGUGCACCAGCAGGUGGGCGCCGUCCGCAAGUCGGUCGGCCUGCCGCGCGAGCUCUGCGCCGAGCUGACGGGGCAGAUGGCGGCAGAGGACCGGCGGAGGGUGUGGCGCUUUGCGCGCUUCCUCUUCCUGACGGCGCAGACGUUCGUCAACGACCUCAAGACGGGCGUCUGCCCGGGCGAGGACGUGGUGUGCCUCGUGGUCGACGAGGCGCACAAGGCGACCAGCAACCACUCGUACGUGCAGGCGGCGCGGCUGCUCGGCCGCCGCUCGGCCGGCUUCCGCGUGCUCGCGCUCUCCGCCACGCCGGGCUCCAACGCGGAGCGGAUGCAGGAGGUGGUGAGCAACCUGCGCAUCUCGCGCAUCGAGGCGCGCGACGAGCAGUCGGUCGACGUGGUCGGCUGCCUCAAGUCGCGUCAGAUGGACAAGGUGGUGGUGCAGCCGACGGCCGAGUACCUGGCGGGGCGGGCCGCGGCGCUCGAAGCCUACCGCGCCCUUCUCCGCAAGCUGCGCGAGAGCGGCGUCGGGGUGGGGGACGACCCUUCAAAGGCGCACCUCACGGUGGCGAUGAUGGUGUACCACGAGAUGCUCUCCAAGCUCGCGGAGGGCGAGGCCGCGGGCUCUCACCCCAAGCUCUCCGCCACCGCCGCGCUGCUCUCGCACCACUUUGGUGCGCACCCGGCCGGCUCUCGCGUGAUGGUCUUCACUUCGCUGCGCGACUCGGUGGUCGAGCUGACGGCGCAUCUCGCAAAGGUGGAGGGCGUGCGCGCCUUCCGCUUCGUCGGCCAGGCGAGCGCCAAGGGCAGCGACGAGACUCGCAAGGGCCUCUCGCAGGCGCAGCAGCGCGAGGUUGUGCGCGCCUUCCGGCAGGGAAACUACAACGUCCUCGUCGCGACCUCCAUCGGCGAGGAGGGGCUCGGCAUCGGGGAGGUGGACCUGAUCAUCUGCUACGACGUCUCCUCCUCCGCCAUCCGCCAGACGCAGCGCUUCGGCCGCACCGGCCGCCGCAACGCCGGCCGCGUCGUCAUGCUCGUCACUCGCGGCGUCGAGGAGGAGGUCUACGAGCGCUCGCUCGCAAACGCGUCCAUCAUGAAGCGCGCCCUCGCGCAGGCCGCCGCCCGGUGGGCGCUCAAGGAGGGGGACGCCCCGCCGCGCCGCCUCUCCCUCGACCGCUGGACCGUCGGCCAGGCGCGGCCCGCAGCGGCGAGCGGGCGGUGGGCGAGCCGCGGACAUGUGCAGGACAUGUCCAGGACACCUCUAGGACAUGUUCCAUAG